ACUGCGACCGCGACCGCGUGCCAAUCUUGGUCCUUGGUCCGAUAUUACGUUGGCAGCUUUUAAAUUAGUAAAGCGAUUAGCGAAGCAUCGGCUCUAUCAAUUUUACGAUUUGUUGGUGUUGAUACGUGUACUUUACAUAUACUCGUAUAAGUGUAGCAGGGCUGCUGAAAAACUGAGAUGAUUUUCACGUGAACAGCGUUAGAGUAAACAUCAACGGUCACUGGUCGGUAGUAUUUUACGAGUAAAUAAAGAUAAGGUAACCAGACGUCAUACAGUGCGAUGCAGCAAGACGAGAUGCGAAUUUAUGGCAAUGGGUCGUCGACCAGAGAUAUCGGAAAUAAAAGCUUGCUAACGAUUAAUCUAAUCGGAUUGCUCUUAUCAGUUUACGCUUAUCACGUCAGCGUUUCUAAACGAGCCGAACCUAAUUACCGAGCUUUAUGCGAUUUAUCGCCAGCGAUGAGCUGUUCCACAGUUCUCACUUCACCGUACAGUACCGGAUUUGGAAUUAUGCGAUAUUUUGUAGAUGAAUCAUCCGCAUGGAAUGCUACAAAUUCGGCCGUUGGCAUCUUUUACUAUCUCAUAUUCGCCCUACUAAGUUUUUGCAACAACUCGUUGGUGUGUAAAUGUCAAUUUGUAUUGACAGUCAUCUCGAAUCUGGGUUCUGUGUAUUUAGCAGCCGUUUUGAUAAUUUUGCGCGAUGUAUGCUUCGUAUGUGUUUCUACGUAUUUUAUAAACGCGUUGAAUUAUUUGUUUUUAUCGCGUAAACUUGAAGCAUUGAAUGAAAAUUACAAAGUAAUUAAAUGUAAUUGAAAUACAUGCUUAGACCUACUUAA